AUGGCCAUAAACCAAGCUUCAAGUGAUCAUCAAACAUCAGAUGAAGACUACAUUGACAUGGAAGUAAGUUCUUCUUCCUCAAACUUCUUCUGUUACUCCAUUAGCUCUAGUCCACCACAAACCAGAGAGUUUGAGUUCCAAAUGUCCUCAGUUCCUGACCAUGACAAACAGUCCACUACUUCUCCAGCUGAUGAGCUCUUCUACAAAGGAACACUCCUUCCACUUCAUCUCCCACCUCGCUUGCAAAUGGUUCAAAAUAUCCUUCAAACCUCAAACGCUACCAAACUUGAUAACAAAACCCAACAAGCCAUUGAACAAAGCUUCAACCUUCCCUUCAUCAAAAGCUCUAGAACUGCUCCAAACACUAACACAAGUACCCCAUUGGAUAGGUCCUGCAAUAUCUCACCCUCAGAGUCUCGCAGGGUCAGUAGUGAGCUAAACCCUGAUGAUUAUGUCUCUGGAUGGACAGAAGAAAUGAGUGUUUUCAUUGGUGAUGAUCCUUCAAAAAAAUCUAAUUGGUCCAAAAAGCUUAAGCUGAUAAAACAGUCCAUUCUGAGUCAAAAGCUCAAGGCUUCAAGAGCAUAUGUUAAGUCCUUGUUUAGUAAGUCCACUUGUGCAGAUCAUGAGUGCUCCUCAGCCAAGUUAGCAAGCAAUACAGAACCAGAAAAUGGCUCAAAAGGUAACAAGGAGUACUUAAACAAGUACAUGAAGAUGGCAAAGAAGAACCCUUUUGGGAAAAUUGACAAUGGCAGAUAUCAGAUUUCAAGUACUACUCUCAUGAAGAGCAUUGAGAAAGAAAUGGCUGAGGAAAAUGCCACCACGAUCCAUAGAAAUUCAAGUGGGUUCUCAGAUUCACAGUUGCUCAAGAGGAGUAUCAGUGCAAAUUCUGAGAUAGAGAGCUCAAUUGAAGGAGCCAUUGCUCACUGCAAACAGUCACAGCAGAUUGUGGGUGUUAAGAGACAGUUUGUGGGGGUCAAGAGACACCAGGAUUUGCCCAAUGCCACAUCCAAAGCCAUGAGAGAGACACACAUGAUUGCACUAUAG